UGAACCCGCCAGGCCCUGCUACUUCCUGAAAGCUGUCUGGGCUCGCAGGGGUGCGUUCUGCCGUGUGGAUCCCAGGGUCAUUUCAAAGUGCCAGAAUACACAUCUCCACAGGACUGACAAAAUGUGUGACAUGUCCUAUAAAACUUUUUUGAAAGACACUCGGAGAUCAGAGCCUGCAAAUAUCACAGGAAAUUCCACCUUAGUGACCAGCCCUGCCUCUCAGGGGCCUGGAGACCACUCCGUGGAGAUGUGUCCCAUGCCCUUUGAGGACACCAGGAUGCUCCUGGUGGUGGCCUACAGCGUGGUGUGCGCCCUGGGCCUGCCGGCCAACUGCCUGACUGGCUGGCUGACGCUGCUGCAGGUGCUGCAGGGCAGUGUGCUGUCCGUCUACCUGUUCUGCCUGGCGCUCUGCGAGCUGCUCUACAUCGGCACCCUGCCGUUCUGGGUCAUCUACAUCCACAACCAGCACCGCUGGACCCUGGGCCCGUGGGCCUGCAAGGUGACCGCCUACAUCUUCUUCUGCAACAUCUACACCAGCAUCCUCCUGCUCUGCUGCGUCUCCUGCGACCGCUUCGCCGCAGUGGUGUACGCCCUGGAGAGCAGAGGCCACCGCCAGCAGAGGACGGCCGCCUUCAUCUGUGGGUCCGUCUUCCUCCUCGUCGGCCUUGUCCAUUCCCCGGUGUUUCAGAUGGAGCUCGUGAGGGACUCCUGCUUUGAGCCCCCGCAGAUGAACGGGAGGAUCGCGGCCUUCCACUACGCACGCUUUACCGUCGGGUUCGCUCUUCCGUUUGGCAUCAUCUCCUUCACCAAUCACCGCAUCUUCAGGAGUGUCAAGUUGAGCGAGGGCCUGAGCGCCGCCCAGAAAGCCAAAGUGAAGCACUUGGCCAUCGCCGUGGUGGCCAUCUUCCUGGUCUGCUUCUCCCCCUACCACAUGGUGCUCCUUGUCAGGGCUGCCGCCUUCUCCUUCCACAGAGGAGACAGAGACGCCUUGUGUGCCCUGGAGGGCAGCCUGUACACUGUCACCAUGGUGUUCCUGUGCCUGUCAACUGUCAACAGCGUGGCUGACCCCGUAAUCUAUGUACUGGCCACAGACCAUUCCAAGCAAGAAGUGUCUAGGCUCUACCGGGGGUGGAAGAAGUGGUCCACAGGGACAGGCGCCACCAGGCUGUCCCAGACGCCAAGCUCACCCACGACACCGGCCCAGGCCCGCGCAGUCCCUCAGCCCGCCCACCCAGCACGGCCACAGCCAGCCCCCAGGGACUCAUCCUGCUCCCCAGAGAGGCUGGCCGAGGAGUCCUGCUGAGACACCUUCGGCAGAGUCCCUGUGGUGGACGCCCCUCGGACACAUGCCUGCCACUGGGUCCCCAGACACCAAGCCCACCCACAGGGCAAGGGAUAGCUCACCCGCACCCGGGAUGAGCAGCCCAGAGAGGGCACGCGGCCCGCAGGGGUGUGUGUGUGUGUGUGUGUGUGUGUGUGUGUGUGACAGA